CGAUUGGUUUUGUGUUAAAUUUUGCUUCAAAAAUGUCUAAGCGUUUAUCAUUUGAUGGUGACGACGAAAACAAUAUACCCAGAAUAAUGACCUUUCGGCCAAAAUAUGAAGAAUUCACUAACUUUGCCGCGUACAUCGAGUACAUGGAAUCACGGGGUGCACACAAGGCUGGUCUGGUUAAAAUUAUUCCCCCCGUUGAAUGGACACCGCGCAAAUCGGGCUAUGAUAUUGAAAAUAUAAAUAUGACAAUUCCGCCACCGAUUUGUCAGGUUGUUGAGGGGGCUCAUGGGAUAUAUCAGCAGUUCAAUAUGCAGCAACGACGCCAAAUGACGCUCCGCCAGUUCAUGGAGAAGGCGAACUCGGAGCUCCAUCAGACGCCACGACACAUUAACUAUGACGAUCUAGAGCGCAAAUACUGGAAGAACAUUACGUAUAUAUCACCGCUCUAUGCGGCAGAUAUAAAGGGCACGCUAAGUGAUGAGGAUUUGGAUGUUUGGAAUAUUGGACGACUGGAUACUAUACUGAAUCUGGUUAACACCGAUUAUGGUAUAGAAAUCGAUGGUGUGAAUACGGCGUAUUUGUAUUUCGGCAUGUGGAAGAGCUCGUUUGCCUGGCACACCGAGGAUAUGGAUUUGUAUUCCAUUAACUAUUUGCACUUUGGUGCGCCAAAGACCUGGUAUGCAAUACCACCCAAAUACGGCAGACGCCUGGAGAAGCUGGCCAAUGAGACGUUUGUGGCAAACUAUCAGGAUUGUAAUGCUUAUCUGCGUCACAAAAUGACCAUGAUUAGUCCAAAAGUGUUGCGGCAGCAUAACAUACCGUUUAAUAAGAUCACGCAGGAGGCUGGUGAAAUUAUGAUCACAUUUCCAUUCGGUUAUCAUGCCGGCUUCAACCAUGGCUUCAACGGUGCCGAGUCAACAAAUUUUGCCUCCAAGCGCUGGAUUGAGUACGGCAAGCGUGCCAGCAUUUGCAAAUGUCGAAGUGACAUGGUUAAAAUAUCAAUGGAGACAUUUGUGCGCCACUUUCAGCCCGAACUCUAUGAGAAUUGGCUUAAGGGUGAGGAUUUCGGUUGCCAUCCCGAGGAACCGGGUAAAAUACGCGCUGCAGCUCCGCCAACAAUCAAUCAAUACCAGGUCAUACAGGAGAGCUCGCAAUCAUGCAAAUCAAAAGCUGGAACACCACAGAAGCGAGGCUGUUCGCUGGCUGCCGAUGUUGACGCGCAAUCGGAUGUGGAUGACAAGGAGUCGGGGAGCGUGAAUUGUAAGCAACCCGUUGUCAAGUUGCGCAAACUCCCAGUUGCAACGCCACUCACCACGCAAACUGCUAAUCCACAAAUCGAAGCAAGCGCUUCGACAUCGACGAAAAAAUACGAUUUCAACUCGAUUGCAGUUGUGCGAGUUAAGCGGCUGUGGAAAGAGCUGCCGAAUGAGAACACUGGCACCAAUUUACUUACCAAUGGCAUUGUCAAAAACACAAAACGAAUGCGCUUUCAGACCAAGGUUUUAACACUUGACGAUGAGGAUUAGGCGAUGACGGCGACAUCCAGAUAAUAGUACUGUUUAGUCAAUUGACGAUCUCCAUUGUUGUUAGUAGUUUUAUAAGCGAACGCAAUCAAAGACAUGUAUAUAUCUAUAUAUUAAUUAAAUAUUUUUGUAUAAUAA